AUGGACGAUUGUAUAAACCCAUCAUUGAGCGGGAGCGCCAUCAACUCUCAGCAGGCGCAGAUUUUCACCAACUAUGUCCUCGCCUCAUUUCCCUGCUUCUUCAGGUGUACAGAAACGAGAGUCCCUGUGAAUUGGGUCGAAUAUGUUGAUCAAAGAGGAGGCUCGAAGAACUCUUCUUUCGACUGGGCCGUCCGAGCGUGUACAGCUGCAUAUUUAGGCUCCCUCCACGACGAUUCGCGAUACGCAAUUGCUUCACAGGGCUUGUACCAUCGCGGUCUUCGUGCACUCGGCCAGCUAUUAUCAAGUGAAGGAAGUGCCAAGUCGGAUGAGGUUCUGGCCUCGGCGAUCGUUCUAGCCGUCUUCGAGAAGCACAACUGCAGCAGUCCAGAUGCAUGGCUGCGUCAUGCCGCCGGUAUUCGGACGCUAAUGAAGCUUCGUGGCCCGAAAGCACAUCUGGAGGGGUUUGGCCGGGCGAUGUAUAUUGUAUACCGUAACUUCCUGAUCACCGCGGCACUGGUGGAGGGCGAGGCUUGUUUCCUGGAAGAGCCUGAGUGGCAGGCUCUCAACGAGGAAAUCGCCGCCAAUGACGCCAAAUUACCGACUUCUUCGCUGUAUACGGACGUUGUCGAGCGGGGAUUUCUCUCGGUAAUCAAGAUCCCGGGACUCGUGAAGCGAACGCGGCAACUUCAGGACCAACCGAUUAAGAAGAGGGCAGAUGCUCACUCGGCGCUCCUCCAAGAUGUGCAGGCUGCCCGAGCCGCACUGCGAGGUAUAUAUACCGAGUUCGGUGUCUCAGUUUCGAUGCUUCGCUCUGGCCAGGACGAGAACGAUACCUUCGUUGGUCCUGCUCCGAAUUUCUUCUUCGAGGGCUAUUCAUCGCACUUCGCACGUGGUGUCCGCUUAGGUCUAUUGAUCCUCAACUAUCUAAUCGCGAUAAUGGACCCGAAGCAGCGAGCAACAAUCGACUCGGAGAACUUCAUGCUCCUUAGUGAUAUGACACGCAGCCAGCGAAGUACGCAUCCUACCCCUAAAUUCAAGCUUCCACUCACCCCUCCCGAAUCACCAGGACGCCCGAGUCUCGUCGUGCAGUCGCUGAUCACAGAAGAACUGAGGGAGCCACCUACAACGGACUGGAUGGAUCGCAUCACCAGCACGAUGGGACUGGAGGCAGUUCACGUCAGUCUCGUCGGGUAA